GACAGGCUUAGGAGCAUCACCGGUGUGUGACGAUGGGUAUCUAUGAAGAAAGAGGAGAACUGAUUGCACCGAAGAGGAAGCUGUUCAGCCAGAGAACCCAAUACUCAGCUUCCCAUAGUGACCGUCAAGUAGAACUGCUUUACGCUAUUGGAGGGUUGAGUCAUGGUGGCAACGUCAGUGGCAUAGAGUGUUACAACCCCCUGGACCAUGAAUGGAAAGUGCUCGGAUCUGUAUCGAGGCACCGGAGCGGCGUCGGAGUGGCUCCCUUGAAUGGCUCCAUCUAUGUAGUGGGCGGCCAUGACGGCAUGGUGUGCCUUAGCAGUGUUGAGAGGUACGAGCCUGAAACCAACUCGUGGAAGCGGGAUGUGGCCCCGAUCAGUGAAGCUAAGCGGGACGUGGCUGUUGCUGAGCUGGGAGGCUACCUGUACUGUGUUGGUGGCCAUGAUGGGCUGUUGUGUCUUAGCACCGUGGAGAGGUACGACCCUCUGCUAAACAGGUGGCGCAAAGUGGCACCCAUGAAUCGCCGCCGGAGGGGCCUAGGCUUGGCUGUGCUUGAUGGCUUCCUGUAUGCUGUUGGGGGGUCUGAUGGCUAUUCCCCAUUAUAUUCAGUGGAGCGUUACAAUCCCACAGAAGAUAAGUGGACCCCGUGCUCUCCCCUACGGACCUGUAGAGAGAAUCUUGGAUGUGCAACUUUUCAAGGGAAGAUCUAUGCUGUUGGUGGGCGGGAUGACCUCACAGAACUGUGCAGCGUUGAGCGGUUUGAUCCUAUUGCUAAUGAAUGGUCUGCUGUAAUGCCAAUGAAGUCCAAGAGGAGUAAGGUGAGCCUUGCUGCUGCUAAUGGCUACCUCCUAGCCAUUGGAGGAUACGAUGGCAUCGUUCAUGUGACCACAGUAGAGGCAUUUGACUUGGAGAUGAACACGUGGAGGCGCUUUGGCAACACACAAACUUGCCAUCCUGGUGGAGGCGUCACAGCAAUCAAAAUGGCUCCCUACGAUCUGGAAACGUCCCAAUUAGUCCGGAGCAGAUAGAAAGCCGAUUCUUGCUUCUGGUUUAUAUGACAAUUAGCAAGACCUGAGCAACUGCGGGAGAAAAGGAGAAGGUUGGCGGCAGGAAGGGACUAAGACUGGAAUGAGAGAGGGCAUUGCAGAGAUGGGAUUUCCUUCCUGCCUGAAUGGAAGUUCAGAAGUUUGUAUUUUGCAGGAGGCAGAAAAGAAGUACUUAAUUAACCCCAUACAUGCUGUAUGUCUCCCCCACAAACACCCCCUGUCCAUUUUUCCUCCCCACCCCUCCCCAGUCAUACUUAGACUCAGGGCUUUUUUUCUGGGAAAAGAGGUGGUGGAACUCAGUGGGUUGCCCUCGGACAAAAUGGUCACAUGGCUGGUGGCCCCGCCCCCUGAUCUCCAGACAGAGAGUAGUUUAGAUGGCCCUCCGCGCCGCUUAAGCGGGGCCACCAGCCAUGUGACCAUUUUCAAGAGGUUCCGGAACUUUGUUCCCACCGUGUUCCCCCUGAAAAAAAGCCCUGCUUAGACUGGAAAUGAGUCCCUCUGAGAGAGAAAAAGCCCGAAAAAGGAGUCACAGCAGGGAAAGUCCCUAUUGGGGAAGGGUUAAGCACCUUUCCUUUACCCACUCUUUCAGGCAAGCAAAAGCUGCUCCCUCAUUAUCAGAAGUCCUCUGUUCACAGCAUAAUGCCUAUCACAUGGUGGUCAUAUGCAACAGAAUGCAAAGGCAGAAGAUACUAUACCACUUCAGAUGGCAGGUGCAGGAUGAAACACCUGAAUGCUCCCUAAAAGUAGAAAUGUUAUUAAAAAGAAAGUAAAAAAGCUUUUCUUUUUAAUAACAUUAAUAAUAACAUUCAAUUUAUGUACCGCCCUUCAGGAUGACUUAACACCCACUCAGAGCGGUUUACAAAGUAUGCUAUUAUUAUCCCCACAACAAAACACCCUGUGAGGUGGGUGGGGCUGAGAGAGCUCCUAGAAGCUGUGACUGCCCCAAGGUCACCCAGCUGGCUUCAAGUGGAGGAAUGAGGAAUCAAACCCGGUCUCCAGAUUAGAGUCCCGAGCUCUUAACCACUACACCAAACUGGCUCUCUUUUUAAAAGCACCGCCCCGUAAAUAGGAAAAACAUAAUUGUUCCACUAGUUAUUUUAUUUGUGUAGCAAUACCAUACAGUAUGCCCCCUUAGCAUUCUCCCACUGCAUUUGUCUGCAUGUGAACUAGUUUAAUUGAUUAAGGAAAGCCUGCUUGAAUUGGUAAUCUUGAAUAAAGACUAUACCUGUUAGGAGAUGUUAAAUGCAUGCAUGCUUUUGGAAUAAGAAACUUGUUUGGAAAGUAGAGAGAUGUGGAAGUCAGGCUGAGAAUGGCAUAGUAGAGAAUACACUGGCUUACUUGACCAAGGCCGAUUCCACACGACUUACCUGAACCCGGGACGUUGCACUACGUUGCUGAUCAUGCCGGGGAA